ACAGACACAGAUUAAUCAAGGGGGAGGGACUGGAGUUUUAUCACUUCAUACAAACGCCCCACAGACACAGGUGAGCUGAUAAGGCUGUCCGGGGCGCUCAUUCAAACACAGAACGUCUGGAGAGCUGUGUGUUCUAACCCAACAGAGAAGAGUGAAAUAUAUUGAGUGAGCAUAAAGUUACCUCAGGAUAUAAAGACAGACACAGUCACUGCAGCAGGAACCAGUCCAUAAAUGGAUCCAUCUCAACCUGGAAUCCAAGGUCAUGGCAAUUGUGGCAAAUUUUAGCAAAGAGGCCAACUAGACCCUUCAACUGAGUGACCUUGAACUCACUAACUGACGUUACACACAAUCAAGUCAAUGCCUCUGAAGAAUUCCCUGUACUUAAAAUCGGCCACGAUGCGCUGGCCCCGCAAGCAGAAGCGCCGUGAGCUUCUGUCAGUCAACAUGAUCAGCCUACCACUGGGCGACUUCCGUCACCUCUCCCACAUCGGAUUGGAUGCCCACGGUGAUACCUUCGGCGACCUCGCAGCCUUUCACCGGACUGGUAGUCUCAUCCUCCACAGCUCUCAAAGCCACCAGGACCUCUACUGCAAAGGGACAUCCCCAGCCCCACCCAAGCCCCCACGACUCCUCAGCCCAGAAGAGAUGGAUGCACAGUCCACCGAAGCCAGAACCCUUCCCCAGGCUUUCAGGCACAAUAAGUGCCACUCCCUGCCUUUACUGGAUGAUGUGGAGGUGGUGGAGCAUGACGGGUUGUACCAGCGAGAGGAGGUAAAGCAGGAGCAGGAAGAGGAGGGAGGGUUAACUAUGGGUCCGGAUGGAUUUGAAUUGAAUGCGGCCCCCCAGCAGGUUCCUUGUCCCCCAGUGGAGGCCUCUCCAGUGGUCGAGGAAGACUCAUCUUUUGCCCUGAACCUUGACCUGGGGCCAUCCAUACUAGAAGAUGUCCUGCAGGUGAUGGACCAGCUUUACCAGUGAGACUUUGAGAAGGGUACCCCUCAUACAUAUGAUUGUAAUAUAUUUUGUUCUAAGGGCCUUUCAAGAAACCCAAGACACUGUACCAGACACUAUACAUAGGGAGAACUCCAAACUCCUUCCUUUCUAAUGGGAAUUGAGAGAGGUUGUGCCAUGGAUGGACAAAUGGGCUGAAUCAUUGUCAACUGUCAGGAUGCUAAUCGGCACAAUUGUUUUCAAUUACUGCCUAAAUAGAGGACAGAUUGUAUAAUAUUUCCUUCUUUUGGAUGCAAUAUUAUAUAAUUAGAGGGAUGUGUCAUAUCUGGGUCAACGCAUUGGACAUUUACCCUUCUCAGGUGAAAGCUCUGUGAGCCAAUGACACCACUCCACCUGGGUCAUGUGACCUAAUGACAGACAAUGUCACAUAUUUGUAUCUAGAGGAGACAUGUUGUGAAAGGGAAGAAAGACAGACUGUAAACUAUGAGACAGGGCUGUGAGACAGACAUUUAUGACCGAAGCUUGUCUGACAACUUCUGUGGUGAAACACUGAAAGAACACUGGUUGCUAAUGAGAACUAGCUCUCCCAUAGUAUAUAAGUCAGCUACAGUAUGACUCACUCAAGUGUAUACGUAUAGACCUAUCUCUUGUUUUUCUUACCAAGUACUCAAGGGGAAAGUUCACUAACAAACCUUUAUGAAUAUACUACUGUAUACGUCUUUAUGACAUGGUUUAUGGCUUGACUGUGAAUAGUAUCAGUCUAUAAAAGUUUCUUCAGAAAAGCAAAGAUCACCAACAAUCCUUUUCCCAUAUCAUAAUCUGUUAGACUACAGUGGAGCAUGAACUCUGCCCAGCACAACGAAAGCACAUUUUGUUUAAACUCUAUAGAAUAAGCUUUCAUUUGUGAAAUAAAAAACAGAAAGAUAA